GAGUGGGCAGGAGGAGUGUUGGGCUGCCCUGCUCUGCUCUGAAGACAGAGAUCAUUAAGACGUCGCUCGCUGCUCCCUUUCAAAGGAUGUAUCCUCAGGGGCGGCACCCGGUUCCCUUGCAGCCAGGCCAGCCCUUCAAGUUCACUGUGCUGGAGACUCUAGACAGGAUCAAGGAGGAGUUCCAGUUCCUGCAAGCACAGUACCACAGUCUAAAGCUUGAGUGUGAGAAACUGGCCAGUGAGAAGACAGAGAUGCAGAGGCAUUAUAUCAUGUACUAUGAGAUGUCUUACGGGUUGAACAUCGAAAUGCACAAGCAGGCUGAGAUUGUGAAGCGGCUGAGUGUGAUCUGUGCUCAGAUCAUCCCUUUCCUGUCCCAAGAGCACCAGCAGCAGGUGGCCCAGGCAGUGGAGAGAGCCAAGCAGGUGACCAUGGGCGAGCUCAACGCCAUCAUCGGGCAGCAGCAGCUCCAGCACCUGGCCCAUCAUGCCCCUGGGAUCCCAUUGACCCCUCACCCCUCCGGUCUGGCCGCACUGGGGGGCGGCUCGGGGCUGCUGGCGCUGUCGGGGGUGCUGGGCAUGCAAGCUCACCUCACUGCCAAGGAGGAGCGUGGACAGCUGGAGAGCGACCACCACAGGGAACGGGCUCCUAGCCGGAGCAAGUCUGUGUCGUCGACGGACAGCCAGCGCACGGAGAAGCAGGGUCCCUCGGGCGAAGAUUACGGGGGCGAGGGGAGCAGGGAGGGGAAGAGAAGGCGCUGCGAGGACAAGGACCCCCAGCACUACGACAGCGACGCAGAUAAAAGUGAUGACAAUUUGGUGGUGGACGUUUCCAAUGAGGAGCCCUCGUCCCCCAGUGGGAGCCAGCCCCACUCCCCCCGCGGAAACGGCCUGGAUCAAGCCCCCCAUUUGAGGAAAGAGACCCCCACCAGCCCCCCUGGCUCCCCCCACAGCACCCCAGGAAAAAACAGGGAGCUUGCACAGGUCGAGAAGCCCACAAGCCCCUCUCCUCUCCGAGACGCCCUGACACCCCCCGGCCCAGGACCCAGCUCUGCCUCCUGCCUGCGCUUGGUGACCGGCAAGCCGUCAUCCGCGGACCCCCUUGGUCUGCGGAGCCCGCUGGUCUCGGGGUCCUACCCUGCACAUUUCGGGGUGCUGUCUCAUACAGGGCUCAACGGGGAGCUGUCCAGUCCCGGGAGCUACGGGGGUCUGCACGUCUCCCCCCAGACCAGCAUUGUGGCCGGCUACGCUCGCUCCCCCAUGGUUGCCUAUGAGUCUCGGCCAAACCUGAGAACUCCUGGCCUGCCGUCUACUGUGCCCGCCGUUACCGGAGGAAAACCUGCCUACUCGUUCCACGUGAGCGCCGACGGGCAGAUGCAGCCGGUGCCCUUCCCUCCAGACGCUCUGAUUGGCCCGGGCAUUCCUCACCACGCCCGGCAGGUCCACACGCUGAGCCACGGAGACGUGGUGUGCGCCGUGACCAUCAGCAACUCCACGCGCCACGUCUACACCGGGGGCAAGGGCUGCGUCAAGGUGUGGGACGUGAGCCAGCCAGGCACCAAGAGCCCCAUGGCACAGCUCGACUGCCUGAACCGUGACAACUACAUCCGCUCCUGCAAGCUCCUCCCCGAUGGGCGGACCCUGAUCGUGGGCGGGGAGGCCAGCACGCUGUCAAUCUGGGACCUGGCCACGCCCACCCCCCGGAUCAAGGCGGAGCUGACCUCGUCGGCGCCCGCCUGCUACGCCCUCGCCAUCAGCCCCGACGCCAAAGUGUGCUUCUCCUGCUGCAGCGACGGCAACAUCGUGGUGUGGGACCUGCAGAACCAGACCCUGGUCAGGCAGUUCCAGGGCCACACGGACGGCGCCAGCUGUAUCGACAUCUCGAACGAUGGGACCAAGCUGUGGACAGGAGGGCUGGACAACACGGUGCGCUGCUGGGACCUGAGGGAGGGCAGGCAGCUCCAGCAGCAUGACUUCACCUCACAGAUCUUCUCUCUGGGGUACUGCCCCAGCGGGGAGUGGCUGGCAGUGGGCAUGGAGAGCAGCAACGUGGAAAUCCUGCACGUCUCCAAACCGGACAAGUACCAGCUGCACCUGCACGAGAGCUGCGUGCUGUCUCUCAAAUUCGCAUACUGCGGUAAAUGGUUUGUAAGCACUGGGAAGGAUAACCUGCUGAAUACCUGGAGAACGCCCUAUGGAGCCAGUAUAUUCCAGUCGAAGGAGUCCUCGUCCGUGCUGAGCUGCGACAUCUCUCCGGAUGACAAGUUCAUCGUCACCGGCUCAGGAGACAAGAAGGCCACCGUGUAUGAGGUGGUAUACUGAGAGACCUGCAGCAGCACACACACACUCACCACACUGCUACCACACACACAAGCAGCCUUCCCAACACUGGCAUUAACAGUCAUUCAAAACCUCGUCUUGUGUUGCCUCUCUCCCCCCGUAUAGCUCCCAGCAGCAGAUUGUCAUCAAAUCCAUUUCAAUUGGGACUCUGCCUGCCUGCCUGUCACCCCCAGUUAGGAUUGUGGGCUGGCAGAACACGAUCUCGCCAAAACUGCUAGUGGAAGUUACCUAACGAGAGUACAAAGGCAAAGGAUGCAAGAUUUGUUUUUUAAAACUGCAGAAGACAAAAAAAAAAAGUAUGCAGCAGAACAUGAGGGCUGUGAAUAGAAUUACACUGGCAAGGGAAACACAGGUGGGUGGUGCAGGCGUUUAUAAACAGCAAAUUAUACAAGAACGGGAUCCACCUGCAGCGUACAGUCCAACGUGUAACCCCUACACACUACCCUGCAGAUGCAUACUGUUCUUGUAUAAUCGCUAUUUAUAAACACAGGGAUGGAUUCACGGGAACGAGAUGAGAGCCAGCGGACAGGCUCCUCAGAACGACAUAGCCCACCCUCAGAAACUGCCAUUAUAAAAUGUCUCCUGAAAACCAGACAUCCCAUCUGUGUGCUCCUGCCCUCCUUUAGAUUAGGAAUAUCCAGCCCUUAUAGCAGCUUUGAAUCUCUUCCCGCUGUUUCAGCGUCAAUGCCUUCCUUCCCUGUCUGGAACUCCAAUAAAAAAAAAAAAAUUGUAAGACGCCAAGGAAAUUUAAUUUUCAAAAU